AUGUAUCCUCCACCUCCACCACCCCCAGGGAGGUACGGAGGUACAUCCUCCUCUUCUCAACGUUUUAAACCUGCGUCAUCUGGAUCCGAAUCAUCCUCAUCCAGACUUACGACCACCACUGUACUUGAUGCUCGAUCUCAUCCCAUAGCGUCAUCCCCUCUGGCCUCAACAGUCUUUUCGCACGAUUACAUAACGGGUGUCUCAUCGAGCUCCACUGUGCCCGUUGAAAUUGGUCCUACAAGCGAUGAUAUCGACUGGGUUUUCACGCCUCCUGUACUGGUGAAACAUGGGAUGUUCGCAGGUAGAUCUCUGAGAUUCGCUCUGGCAGUAGCUCAGGAGCCAGUGCUGGGCAGGCGAAAGACGGAAAAGGAUCGCAGACCCCUUGGUCCAGCACCAAUCAUACGGUUUCGCGCGAUGGAACGUAAAAGACGUAGAAGAGGUAGGGGAAGUGGGAGUGGAAGUGGAAGUGGGAGCGGGAGCGGGACAGGCUCAGAAGAGGAAGUCGAUCCGAGUUCAAUCGAACCGAGUCAUCUGAUAUGCGCUGCGGAACUCGGUCCUCUUACGGAGGAGCAAGACAUACAGAGUAUCACCCGGUCCACCUCUGCGCAGACAUUUCACCCAAGACCGACAUCUCGAACAGCAGCUGAGUAUGGUAGUCAAAUACCAGCGGGGACGGAGUACGACCAUGAAGGCAGCGACGAUCAGGAUGUACCUAUGAUCGACACGAUGGGUGAACGAUUGGAAAUCAUGCGAUCUUCUCCUCCUACCAUACCACAAGGUGGAUCCUUCGCGAAAGAAAGGGAAUCGAAUAUAAGAUCAGGGAGUGGAACACCACAUCAGGGUGAGGAGGAGAUGGUGGUUGAUGAUCCCUCUUCCGAUGAUGAAUUGGACGAAGAUGAAGAUCAACCUAUCCCCAUGAUGGAGUCUGAAUUUCCUACAAAGAAGUCGUCCAGCAGGCGGUCAAGUGCAAGAUCAACCCCGAAGGCAGGCGGCUCAGCAGCAUUCUCACAGGUUGUGAGAAAUCUUUAUGGUAAUUUGCAUGUUGCGGGUGUGAGAGUACCUGCUCCAGAAGGUGGAAUGGGAACUUGGUUUUUAUUCACCGAUCUCUCUGUUAGACAUGAAGGCACUUAUUCAUUACGAUUUCGAUGUUUCGACCUCACUGCUAUCGCGUCUGAUGAGGGGACUCCUGCACCUUGCUUGGUCGAGGCGCAAAGCCAGCCGUUUAGGGUCUAUUCACCUAGACAGGUUCCUCCAUUACCAAAACCUACUGAACUAGCUGAACAUUUCGCCAAGCAGGGUUUCAAGCUGAACACUAGGAAGAACGAACGAACAGCGUCAUCCCCUCCUCCACCCGCUAUACCUCCCCCACCAACAUUUUCUGAUAAACCCAAUAAGAAGCCCGCUACUGUCAAAACGAGAGAAAGACCGGGAGUGAAACCUCUUCAGGAGAGUGAUAGUGGCCGCAGCACUUCUGGUGGUCAAGGUGGACUAGCAGGUGGAUCGUCGACUGGAUCAAGCUUGACGACUAUGCAUGACUUGUCGGGUGAGAGUGGGAGUAUCGUCUUAUCUGGAUCUGGAGGGUCGGGCUCCAUCGGCUUGGCUUCUGGAUCGGCCGGAUCGGCGGGGAGUAUACUUUUGAAUCCGAUCGACGAGGAUAAAUAG